GGGACCCCAGACCGGGACUCCCCAACCUGCCCCGGGGGGACCCGCGGGGGCGGGGCCUGGCGGGGCGGGGCCCGUCGCGGCCCGAUGACGUCAUCGCCCCGCGCCGGGGCGGCGCAGCCAUGGCGGCGCUGGGCCCGCGGGCCGAGGCAGAGGGGCGGCGGCGGCUCCUCCGCGCCCUGACCCGCCUGCAGGCCUGUGCCAGGGGGUUCCUGCUGCGGCGGCGGCUCCGGCGGGCGCGGGAGGAUUUCGAGGCGGCCGUGCUGGAGAUCGACGGGGACCUGCGGGAGCUGCGCUGGACGGGGCAGCUCCUGCUGCGGCCCAGCUUCGGCCCCGGCCCCCGCGGGCCCGCCCAGCCCACGCCAGGCCAGCCCUUGGAGCCCCAGGAGACCAGCACCAAAAACCCUCUGGAGGAGCCUGAACCCCCUGAACCAGAUGGGACCCCCCCAGCCCCCCUGCAGGGCAGGACAGCCCCGACCCCCACGGGCCCAGAGGACACCCUGAGCCCCCCAAAUGUGGGGGUUGAGGGUGACAAAGGCACGGAAAAGGAGAGCGAGGAGUGGGACAACGACAGCGGCGAGACCUCGGUGUGGGACAGCUCUGACCUGGGCACAGAGACCCUCGGAGCCCACCCGGAAAUCCCUCUGGGGGACCUUCCCCAGACCCGCUCCGGGCUCCAGGCCUACAGGACCCACCUGCUCAUGGAGCUCAUGUGGCUGCAACAGGCCAUUGCCAGCAGGAAAAACUUCUUGAUGCUGAAGCAGAAGCUGGGGAUUCCUGACUCCUUGGGAGGCAUUCCCAACCCCCUGGAUGGGUGUGGGGAAGCCGUGGAGCUGCAGCACCACGGGUGACCUCAGGGGAGCUCCAGCUCCGUGGGUUGAUGGUUUUAACUUCAGCAGAAUGUGGCAAGAAAGCCUCUUAGUUCUUGUAGAUGUGAAUGUUUGGUCAGAGCAGGAUUAAACACUGUGGAGCCAGGGAGGUUGUGGUGUGUGCUGGAGGAAUUCCCAGUGAGGAUCCUUCCACAAGGACCCCGUUCCUGUUGGCUGAGCUGGGUGAUCUGGGGGGGGAAAAUGGAGGAUGGGAAGAUUUUUCACUUACAGAAGGUGCUUUUGGACUGAAAUGCCUGAAGGCAGCAGGUGCUGGGACCUGCAGGAACAGCCUGUUCCUCUCUGAACUGUGUGGGAAUCUGAGCUGUGUGUUUGGGAGGGCUCUGCACUUCACACCUCUGCAAUAUCCAGGAUCUCCAAGUGCCCGCGGUGGAUUUUGGGAACACUGGACCAGUGCCUCGGGGAGGUUGGGAAGUGCUCUAUCUGUUCCUGUAGCUCAGGAACAUUCCAGGUCCCUGGAAAAGGGACUUUCCACGUGGUGCUGUGGUUCCCCCCCAUGAUUCCCCCUCUGCAUUCCUGCUGCCUGAACAACCUCUGUUGCCAGGUGGCAGAUGGAUCCCUCUGUUCCAGAAUAGAUCCCCACUUGUUUGUGAAUAAAAAGCUUUCCUAAUGCUC